GUCGUGCUGAAAAGACGACGUGGGCGUGGGGCAAGGCCCCGAGCAGCAUCAAAAGUGGUGAAAAAGACAGUGUCGGUAGAGAUACACGAAGAAGAGCCGUGGAAUAGAAAGAAACAGAAAUGAAAACAGAGUGCGCGUAGCAUGGAGUGACAGAUACACAGCUUACAGAAAAAUUGUCGAGUAUGGAUCGAAAAGAUGACUUCAACCAGUCGUGAAUUCAAGUAGAAUCCGAACCAGCAUUUUCAGUGAAAUAGAAAUUAUACAAUCAAGUAGAAGAGCCCGAGAGCAUUUUGUGUGUGUAUCAGUAUCUCCGUAGCAAGGGGAACCUUCUUCAGUCCUUAAAUGAUCAAGUCUUUUUAACCAGCCGCAAAAGACAAACCAGAAAAGAUGUCAGUCGACGACUCACGUCUCGUCGAGCUCUUUGAGAGCACCUUACAGCCUGACGAUGAGUAUGGUAUCAACUCUUUCGCGGCUUACGAGCAAAUGAUCGAGACGCAAAAAGAUGUCAAUCUCGCUGCCGCUUUCACGAUGCUUGCAAUGGCGUUGCAGAAAAAGAAGGGUCGGGAAACUUUAUGAUGGAUGUUGGAGAUGGAAUUGUUAUUGUGAGUAAGAGUCGGAAUUUUUUGUAUUUAAUUUUGUUCCUGAGGUCGAGCUCGAGGUGAUGUAGACCACGUAGAGAUUCCAGCACUAGCACUACCUAAUCUAUGAAGCCAAAAUCUAUUAUCAUUAUCAGACUUUUCUACUUAUAAGUAAGAAACCUGAUAGAUAAUGAUAACAGAUUUUGGUUUGAUAUAAUCCUCUGCUCUCUGCAGCCCACCUUCAUUCUCCCUCGCCAAACUCGCCUACCACCGCGUGCUCCUACUUGUCGACGAGGAGUUAGAAAAUGAGAAGCAGAGGAGCGUCAGACGCCGAAAGCUGUGGGAAAAAUGUUCGAUCUAUCAACAGAUUUGCAAACUUUUGAUCACCAAAGGACAACAGAAAGACCUAGAGGAGGCAGAGAAAAUGCUGAAGGAGCUGCUGGAUUACGUGCCGGAUGAAGAUGUACCAACUCGAACUCUUGAUCUUGAGGAGGAACCUUUUCUUCAUCUGUUCGUUGGACUAAAUCUCUGACUCAUCUGUCGUGCAGUAACAUUUAUUUACUCGUGCAGGGUUUAGAUUUAGUAUACUCUGCGACCUAUAAUCUAGUCCUCACAUCAUUAUAUACUCGUGGUUUUCUUGAUCUGCUCCUUACUACCACCAUCUCAGCUCGGUUCCUCUCAACGCCUAUUCGAGUCUAAUGGCGAAGGCUUCCAUUUCGACUACACUCGAGAAGAGUUCAUCGGACAGAUCCAUAAGAUGCUCACUCGCUGCUAUCACGAUAUGGGUCGUGACCAAGAAGCCAAGGCCCAUUACAACAUUGCGAUCAACUGCAUCACGCAGGGAGGGACUAAGGUAUAGGUGGAAAAAAUGGAAUGACAGUGAUUAGUUUUGUAAUCGAUGGGAACGAAGCUCUACUUGCAUCUGCAUGGAUGCAAAAACAAAGCCUCUUCUUUGUCCUCCUUCUUCUUCAUGCAGAAUAUUUUGUUCUCCUUCUCAUACCCGAUCAAUAUGCUCUUUUCACCCACCAGGUGACCAAGGACCUUCCCGCCGACGUGCAGCGCACCAUCGUUGAGCACCAAGCAAAGAACAAGAUUGAUUGGGUGUCUCCGGUUGCAGACGAUGUGAAAAUCGUCCCUAUGGAACACGCCUAUUCUUGGGACUCAUCAGCCAACAAUGGCACAGUCACAGUUUACAUCCCACUCCCUGACGGUGUGGAAUCCAGUGAGCAGAUCAAAUACACCUUUCCAGACAGUGAGUCGGUUUUGUUGAGGUUUCGUACUCCAGCUCCAAGUAGUUCAUCCAGUACAGCGUCAUCAGCCAAGACAGAACAUCGUCUAGUUCUGGCCCCUUUUCGCAACGAGGUGAAUGCCGAAGACACUGUCGCUAAGGUUGUUACGUCGAAAAAAGGCGGGAAGAAAUACAGUCUUCUGCUUUUUGUGAAGGACAGGCAAAUAAAGAGGUGGGGAUCAACACUGCUCAAAGACGGAUACGCAAACAAAUGGAAGUCGCUUAUGAAAGCCAAAGAUGUUGUUGGUGCAUUGAAGUCCGCUGAACAAGGUGGAGCAGGAGCUACAUCUUCUUCUACUGCACCUAGUGGAACUGCCACUGCUGCAGCAUCAUCGAAAAAAACACAAACUACCACUUCUUCCAGUUCUACAGCAACAAAAACUAGUACUUCUUCAGCAACCCCAACAUCAACAACACCAGUUACAGUAGAAAAGCAAUCCCACCUUCCUACCCUAGAAGACUUUGAUAAGCGUGCGCUUGCUGGCCUACUCCCGACACCGCAAGGGGACUCGAGUGAUCCACUGAAGCAGUUACCGACUGCAGCCGACGUCCCAGAGGUCGACUACAAGGCGAAGCGCGCUGCGGCUGAGGCAGCAAGGCUAAAAAGAGACGCUGAAAGGAAGAAGGAAUUGGAACGCCAAGAAGCUGAGAACAAGAAGAAGCAAGAAGCUGAGAACAAGAAGAAGCAAGAACAAGAAGCAGAAGAAAAGAGAAAACAAAUAGAACGAGAGGUUGCUGCCAGGAAAGCAGAGCGUGAGCGGGAAGCACAAGCAAAGGCCAUAGAGCAGGCAAAGGAAAAGGAAAAGAAUUCACAGAUGAAGCAGAAAGCAGACACAGCAGGAGGCCUAUCGGGCGGGAGUAAUUCCGCGCCGAGAGAAGAACCGAGCAGCCCAACACUAGUGGCGAAACAAGAUCCGACAUCUCCACCCGAAAUUCCCUCGUGGGCCUCCGGUUUAACACUUUCCGAUACUGGCCUGUUACUCACGGGUCUUUCACCAGAUGCAGACAUCGACAUUGACCUAGCGCCAGAUCAAGUGCGGUUCCUCUGUGCAGGUGCUGCUGGUGUGGCAGAGAUCAAACUACCAAGGGCUAUCGACUUGGAAAAGACUGUGGCGAAGAGAAAGAAGAAAAAGGGCACGUUGGAAAUUGUAUUUGGUUAUUGAUGACGAGACGCUCGAUAUCACAAGCUCGUCUUGCACCUCAACAAAUGAACAACGUGUAAAAACAGAAGGAUCGUCCAACUCAAUGAAUAGUUUUCGGAAUAGUUCUUUCACUUUCUGAAUCUCCUGAAAGACAAGUGAUGGUGCGAACAAGAAUAGUGCUGCCGUUGACACCAUUGUCGUCAACCCAGUAAAAACCCAGUUUCACCGCGCUUCAGCUACGGUUAGAGGAGUCC